AGGCGUGAGCGCGCCGCAAAACCCUAACACGAGCACGCUGUCGAGUCACGAGUGUCGCCGGCGCCUCCACCUCAAAUCAGCACGGCGUGGGUUUAGGGUUUACGAUCGAAGAAGAGCACUGUCAUGGCGCUCUAUCUCCUCUUCGAGUCAUCUUCUGGCUACUCGCUCUUCCACGCCUACGGUCUCGAUGAGAUUGGCCAGAACACAGAGGCCGUCCGCAACUCUGUUCUCGACCUCAAUCGCUUCGGCAAGGUCGUCAAGCUCGUCGCUUUCCAUCCCUUCUCCUCUGCGCUCGACGCCCUCAACCAGUGCAACGCCAUCUCCGAAGGGCUUAUGACCGAGGAGUUGAGGAAUUUCUUGGAGAUAAAUCUUCCUAAGGUGAAAGAAGGGAAGAAGGCAAAGUUUAGCCUUGGCGUCGCAGAGCCCAAGGUUGGUUCUCAAAUAUUCGAGGUUACUAAGAUUCCUUGCCAGAGCAACGAGUUUGUGCUUGAGCUCCUUCGUGGUGUGCGGUUGCACUUUGAUAAGUUUAUCAAGGACUUAAAGCCUUCCGAUUUAGAGAAGGCUCAACUCGGUCUGGGGCACAGUUACAGCCGAGCUAAGGUCAAGUUCAAUGUUAAUCGAGUGGAUAACAUGGUCAUCCAGGCCAUUUUCCUCCUUGAUACAUUGGAUAAGGAUGUUAACUCAUUCUCAAUGAGAGUCAGAGAGUGGUACUCUUGGCAUUUUCCAGAGCUCGCCAAGAUCAUCAAUGACAAUUAUCUGUAUGCUAAAAUUGCUAAGCUUGUGGAGAAUAAAUCUGACCUGUCUGAGACUAAUAUUCCUGAAUUAUCAGAAUUAGUAGGAGACGAGGAGAAAGCAAAAGAAAUUGUAGAAGCAGCUAAAGCAUCCAUGGGACAAGAUCUAUCUCCAGUCGACUUGAUUAAUGUGCAGCAAUUUGCUCAGAGGGUUAUUAAUCUUUCUGAAUAUCGGAAGAACCUCUAUGAGUAUCUUGUUACAAAAAUGAAUGAUAUUGCCCCUAAUCUGGCUUCUCUUAUCGGUGAAGUAGUUGGGGCUCGUUUGAUAUCUCAUGCAGGGAGUCUUUCCAAUCUAGCUAAGUGCCCUUCAUCUACCCUCCAGAUUCUUGGGGCAGAGAAAGCACUUUUCAGAGCCCUUAAAACAAAAGGAAAUACUCCAAAAUAUGGACUCAUCUUUCAUUCUUCCUUUAUUGGUCGAGCGUCUUCAAAAAACAAGGGUCGUAUAGCACGUUACCUUGCAAACAAGUGUUCUAUUGCAUCCCGUAUUGACUGUUUCUCUGAGGUGAAUACUUCUGUAUUUGGGCAGAAGCUCCGUGAGCAGGUUGAGGAGAGAUUGGACUUCUAUGACAAAGGUGUUGCACCUCGGAAGAAUGUCGAUGUGAUGAAAGUUGCCAUUGAGAGUGUACUGAAUGAUGUCACCGAAGAGGAUGCCGCAGAUGGACAGCAGAUAGAUGAGCCUUCCCUAAAGAAAAGUAAGAAGAAGAAAUCUAAAGGUGAGAAUGAAGAUGGCGAACCCAUGGCAGUGGAUGAACCGAACCAAGUCACAGACGCAGAGCCGGAAACUGAAAAGAAGAAAAAGAGGCAGAAAUCGGAGGAGCAACAGGAUAAUGCAGUGCUGGACGGUUUAAAUGGUCAGGACACAAAACAAAAUGGAAUCGCAAAGAAGAAAAAGAAAAAGAGCCACAACAAGCCAGAUAAUGAUGCUGAGGCUCAGGACGUGACCCAAGAGAAGACUAAGAAGAAAACGAAGAGUAAAUUACAAGACGAGUAGAGUUUACUACCAUCCCAUGUUUCUCUAUAUGACACUUGUUUCUAUUCUACUUGCAAACUCAUCUAUCUUUGGAAGUUCCCACUGAGCUGUUGAACUUUGAAUGGGGCUGUUUGAAACAAUUCAUUCAGGUGCCAAUGUAAUUUGAGUUGAAUUUGUUUCAUGGUA